CACCAACUAUGCAUAAUAAAUUAGUAAAUUGACAGCUACUCUUAUCGAGAUUUAUGAUGCCACAUUGUGUUCAGUGUAUAUACAUGUGAAAAGACUUGUAAGAGAGAAAAUUCAGUGGUCCAUCUUUGUAUUUGAGCUUGAUUACAAUUUACAAGAAACGAAUUAAAUUAAUCCAAAGAUUCGUUUGGCCUCUUUGACUACAGAGCUGUGAGCUUCUUCCUUCUUCCGUUCAUUAUUUCCUUUCCUUUUUCUUUAUUUGAUUUUCUGAGCUACAAGCUCCAUUUCCAUUGCUUCAAAGCUAUAAGGUGCUCAAUUUUAAUCCUUUAGCUACAUUCAUUUCCAUUAUCCUUCUUUUUUCCAUUAUCAAUGUCUUCAAAGGAGGAAGAAUUGGAUCUCUCUGUACCGUCUCCGAACUACUCCUCAGAGAAAGAAUUGGAUCUUCCUGCACCGAUUCCGAUCUACUCAUUCGAGGAGUCUCAGUGGAGAAAGUCCUGGCUGCUUGACUCCCUCAUUAAAAAGUCCUCGCUGCUCAACUGCCUUAUUGGAAUAGUGGUCGGCCAUAUAUCAAAGUUGUCACCCCAACAUGGACAUGUAAUUGAUCUGUUAAGGAGCCUUGAAUGUACAUCAAAAUUCGAAUAUAAUGACACUGUCAGAAACAAUUUCCAAACAUUCGUGUCACUUGUGCAAAAGCUUAAGGUGCACUUCACAGUCCCGAACCAACAAAUCAUGUCCCAUAUUAGUCUUAAUCUCAAUCCUAACCAAGUUGUUUCGGUCUUUAUCAACUUCCACCUCCUAAUGAUAGAAGUCAUCCUAUAUUUCACGAGAGGUUCCAUAUCCAUCCAAAAUCUCCAGACCGAACUUGGAUUUCUUAUUACUUUUCUUGGGGACAUCGCAAUGCAUUUGCAGCCCACCGAGAAUAGAGUGACAGAUAUCGAAGCUAUGGUUAAUGAGGUAGGACGUUUCUUGUAUUUCUUCUUUAUCACCGUUAUUCUAUUGGUUAUCACUUUGAAGAAAGGAAUCGGAUUUGAAGCUGUGGUCGAUGAGGUAGGAAGUUUGCUGCGUAAUAAAUUUUUCGACUUGAUUGAGGAUAUAACAUUGCAGACAACUAAAGAGGAGGAAGGAAAUAAAAAAAAAGGAAAAAGGUUGGUAGUAACCCAGAAAGAAAUAACGGGUAUCAAAGCUCUGGUCCAGGAGGUAGGAAGUUUCUUACUGUCCUUUUUCAUGGGUACAGAGAGUGGAGAACUGGAUCUUGCUCUUUCCAAUUUGUUAACCAAAUUUGAUCUCUUGAAAACAAAGGUCAAGGAGCACUGCAUCGCAGUCUCAAAGAUGCCAAGUGAUAUGACUCCAAAGACUGCUGUGGCUUCACUCUUUAUUGUUGAUUCCGUUCUCGAUGAUCUCAUGUACACAUUGAAUAACAAUUCUGACAAGAUAAUUGGCGUGGAAGAUCAAAUUGUAACGCUCCAUAAGGAGCUAAUGUCAUUGAGAUGUUCCGUCACCGAUAUAGCUGUGCAGCAGGAAGCAGAACAUGAAGAACUUAUGAUACGAACUAGCAACAUAGCAUACGAAGUUGAAUAUGUUAUCAACUCUUUUCCACAUGUUUGGUAUCUCACCGUCAGGCUCCCCCAGCUCAUUGAGAAGAUUCAGCUUAUUAAGAUGGCUAUCAAAGAAAUGAAGAACAAUAUUGACGUAGAUGGGAUCCUAGAAGUUGCAAAAUAUCCAGUUGAACAGGUAUCAUUGCAAUCUACAAAAUAUCCUGUUUUUGGAAACAUUAUUGUGGGGUUUGAGAAAGUGGCGACUGAAAUUGUAGGACAACUUGUUAGAGGACCAGACCAGCUGCAAAUAAUUUCCAUCUUUGGGAUGCCUGGAAUUGGUAAGACCACUUUAGCAAAUAUAUUGUACAAUGACCCCUCUGUUGUCUAUCGUUUUGACAAGCGUUCCUGGGGUGUUGUUUCUCAAACAUAUAACAAGCAAAAAUUGUUGAUUGAAAUUUUGUGCUCAACAAGUCACAGUAAGAGAGAAAUACUUGAGAAUAUGGCGGAAGAAAGUUUAGCAGAAAAACUUUACAAAAGUUUGAAAGGAUUGCGGUACCUCAUUGUGAUAGACGAUAUAUGGGAUAUCAAUGUAUGGAAUGAUUUGGAAAGAUAUUUUCCAAAGGAUGGAAUGGGAAGCAGGAUUUUAUUCACCACUCGGAAUAAAGAAGUUGGUUCAAAAGCUUCACCUCAUAGUAUUAUAAAUUCACUUCCUUUGCUGUCGGAGGCUGAAAGUUGGGAAUUAUUACAACGGAAGGUGUUCAAAGAUGAAAAUUGUCCUCAAGAAUUGCUAGAUAUUGGGAAGCAAAUCGCAACAAAUUGCCAUGGCCUACCACUUGCAGUUGUUAUAAUAGCUGCAGUUCUUUCAAACAUGGAGAAGAAAGAACACUUGUGGCAAAAAGUUGAAAGAAAUUUAAGUUCACAUGUAUCAGACAACGAAAACAAGUUAAUGCAGAUAUUGGAACUUAGCUACAAGAAUUUACCAAACCAUUUAAAGCCAUGUUUUCUUUACUUUGGAACAUAUGACGAAGACGAAAAAAUCCCAAUACACGAUUUGAUUUCUCUUUGGGUGGCUGAAGGAUUUAUAGAGAAGGAAGAGCAAAAGUGCUUAGAGGAUGUGGCACUAAAAUAUUUGAUGGAACUAAUUGAUAGGAGCUUGAUAAUUGUUCACGAACAAAGAUCUAAUGGCGAAGUCAAAAUUUGUAAGAUUCAUGAUCUAUUGCGUGAAAUGUGCUCAAGAAUAUGUAAAAAAAUGAACUUUUUGAAGGUGGUCAACUUUAAUGAAGAUGAUCCGCCAAUGUUCUUCAGUCAAGUAUUGAUGCAUGAGCAACACAAUUGUGUGAAUAUCAACUAUGGGGAAUCUCGAAUUCACUCACUGCCUUUUAGCCUACACGUGCGUUCUUUUCUAUUUCGUUGUGGUUAUCUUGAUGAGCGGUCCACAAUAAUCACAUCCAGCUUCAAAGUUCUUAGGGCCUUCAGAUUUUCAAAAGUCCCAAGUGAUCAUCAUUUAAUAGGAAUCGAACAUCUAGUUCACUUGAGGUAUUUGGUAAUUUCAUGUAAACUGCCUCCAAUGGAAAGCUUCCACAAGCUAGAAUAUCUUUUGGUAUUUACAAAUUUUGAAAUUGAAAUACCUGAGAUCCUUCUUACUAUGCUGAGUUUGAGACAUAUGCAUUUCACGAAUGGUGCAUACUUUAGUGCAUCUUGUCGUUAGCGAGCAAUUAAGGAUGAAUGCUUCCAAAUAAGUAAUAAUCUACAAAGUAUUUCUGUGCUCAGAAUUUUCGAUGAAACAGAUGAGAAAAUUUUGAGAUGUUUACACAAUCUUCGAAGAUUGAAAGGUAAGGUUCGAUCUUCACUCAAUUAUUCUUUUGACUUCCUUAAGCAGCUCGAAUCACUGAAGCUUCAAUCAGGAUUUGGAGUUUCAUCUUCCAGUUUGAUUAUUUUGCCCUUGAAUCUCAAACAAUUGACUCUAGUUAAUGUACACGUGUCUCCGAAACAAAUGGAGACAAUUGGGAGACUGGAGUACCUUGUGGUUCUCAAAUUACAACGGGUAGCCUUUGAAGGAGAACAGUGGGACACGAGUGAAGAUGAAUUCCCACAACUUAAAUUCUUGAAACUCUAUGAUGCACAACUUGCAGAAUGGAAUGCCUUAGGUGACAAUUUUCCAAAACUUCAACGGCUGGUAUUGCAAAAUUGCUACAAUUUGAAGAAUGGAAUCCCUCCCAGUUUCGGAGGUAUUCUAGCGUUACAAAUGAUAGAGGUACAUUGGUGCACAAAAGCUGUUGAAGUAUCUACUAAGCAAAUUCUCGAAGAACAAUUGGACGCUGGAAAUGAAGAGUUCAAAGUCAUAAUCUCUGGCCCGAAAAGUGAAAGAAAAGAACAAGGAGAAUGUGAAAGUGAAAGUGAAGAGAAAGAGGAAAGUGAAGAACAAGAAGAAAGUGAAAAUGAAGUAAUCACUGACGAGCUCGUGGAGCAUUAGCUUUUGCUGGAGACCUUCUGAGACAUUUCACAUGGUAAUAACAGGGACCUUUUCUUUUACUCUUUCCCAUUCUCAUCUUGAUUCUGGUAUUGUCUGUAAUACUAAAAUGACACAUCAAAUAAACUUCUAAUGUAUUUUGCCUUGUUUUGAAAUUAAGGUUGGCUUUAUUUGAUGAGCUUGUUGACACUAUUCUAUGAAUUAUUAGGCUUGAGUAGAUAGGAAGCUGAAGUUCGAAUAAUCAUUGCUUCUUUAAGUUGAUGCAGAACAUUUUUUUUGUA